AAUUGCCUGAGAGGCGGGACUAUCUAGCAAACUAGAGACGGGGAUGCUGAAAAGCAAUCGGCAGAGACACACUUGUGACGCACUUCCGGCGGUCCGUGAGGAAGAUGGCUGCGUCCCAGCAGCAAGCUUCAGCGGCUUCUUCAGCUGCUGGUGUAUCGGGUCCCAGUUCAGCUGGCGGCCCGGGUCCCCAGCAGCAGCCGCAACCGCCAGCACAACUGGUGGGCCCUGCCCAGAGCGGCCUGCUGCAGCAACAGCAACAGGACUUCGACCCUGUGCAGCGUUACAAGAUGCUCAUCCCGCAGCUGAAGGAGAGUCUACAGACCUUGAUGAAGGUUGCAGCCCAAAACUUGAUUCAGAACACUAACAUCGACAAUGGACAAAAGAGCAGUGACGGACCCAUACAGCGCUUUGACAAGUGUCUGGAGGAGUUCUACGCACUCUGUGACCAGCUGGAGCUCUGCCUGCGCCUGGCACAUGAGUGCCUGUCACAGAGUUGCGACAGUGCCAAGCACUCUCCCACACUGGUGCCCACAGCCACCAAGCCCGACGCAGUGCAGCCGGACAGCCUGCCCUACCCACAGUACCUGGCGGUCAUCAAAGCCCAGAUUACUUGUGCCAAGGACAUUCACACCGCCCUGCUGGACUGUGCCAACAAGGUCACGGGCAAGACGCCCGCACCACCUGCUGGCCCUGGGGGCACCCUGUGAAGGCGGGGGCAGGCAGUGGUCGGUGGGUGGUGUGCAAAGGGAAUGAAGUGGCCUAGGCCUAAACCCAGCAGCCUCCUCUGACUCUUCCUGUCUGAACACUGCGGCUGGAGCCAGCAGGGGGCAGCAGAGGCCGACAGGGAUUACGCAGGCGGGGCCCUUGCCUCCCCGGCCCUUCUUCCUGCUCCGGCUCCUAGCCUCAGGUAGACUUUGGACUAUGUGUGUUGAUGACCUCUCUUUUCCAGGGGCCCUCUCCCAACCUGGGCUGGGUGUGGGGCCCUGGCUGUCCCCUCUCUCUCAGUCCCUCCUGUCUCCAGCUCGGAGGUGGGCUCUGUCUGCCCUUCUGUCUCUAUUACAGUUGUCUGUCUCAUCCCGUCUCUUUUUGUCCUUGUCUCUCUGCGCUGGCUAAUGUGUCUCUGCCCCUGUGGUCCUAUGCCUCUCUCUCUGGCCUCUCUCUCUUAGUCCUCUUUAGCUGUCUUCUGUCCCAGCUCCUAACUGGGACUCUGUGUCUAUGCAGGAGGCCAGCACUCUUAUCUGGGACUAACGGAAGGGAUUUCCAGGGGCCACAGCCAAGCCCAGAGUACCCCAGAGGCUCCCAUGUCAGCCCAGACCCCAGGGUCCUUGGCCUAGGAAAGGAGCAGUGGAGGGGCCCAGGCUCUGAGCUCCAUGGGUCUGAGCAGGGUGCAACUCGGGCCUCCACCCGCACCCAAGCCUGCGUCAGCGGAACUCAAGUGUGGGGCGUUGUGCAAUCUGUGACAAGGCUGGCCCAGCUGGAUGCCUGGGUCCCAGUAUUUUUAGCCCCAAAGGAGAAGUGAAAAGGCCCCAGCCGGGAUGAAUCAUCAGUCCUGGGGAAGAACCCAGGCGCCUGAGCCCCAGCUCCGGGAAGCAGGCCCUGGGGAGGGGGCUUCAAGGAGGGAGUGCCCCGCCAGAUUCCCUGCUUCCCUGGGAGCUUCAGGAAGCUCAGCCUCGGGCUUCAGGCCUGAGCAAGUGCAGGGCGGAGUUACCAGCCCAGGCUCAGAUGUUGGGGUGUGAAAGGCUCUAGUGACUCAGCCUGGUUGGAGAACUGCCCCACCCAAUACCUUCUGUGCCAUGGUUCCCACAUUGCCACCCAGUGGCCUCCUGUCCUGGACGCCAUCUCUGCAAGGAAACCCCAGGACCAUGGAGACCUCUGUGAUUCACACUGAGCCCAAGUCCCCACUGGGGAAACAGAAAUGGCCAGCCGCAUGUGUCCCAGGAAACUCCUCCCCUUGUUCUUCCUUCAAUGCCUAGGCAUGCAGGGCAGGAGGAAGGCUGGAGCACUGUCCCUAGGAGGAAUUUCUCCUCCAGGGAAGCCUCAGUUUUGCCCAUUUAUCUCACUUAAUCAGUUUUCUACCCAGUCCCCAGAUGUGGGAUAAUCUCCCUAUCUAAAGUCAACUGAUACGGACUUCAAUCACAUCUACAAAACACUUCCAUAGCUGCAGCUAGAUGAGUGUUUGAUUGAAUAACUGGGACUGAAGCCCGCCCAAGUUGACACAUAACACUGACCAUCUAGGCCACAUGCGGUGGCUCACGCCUGUAAUCCUAGCACUCUGGAAGACCAAGGCAGGUGGAUCACCUCAGGUCAGGAGUUCAAGACCAGCCUAGCCAAAAUGGUGAAACACCCUCUCUACUAAAAAUACAAAAAUUUAGCGCGACUGUAAUCCCAGCUACUCAGGAGGCUGAGGCAGGCGAAUCGCUUGUACCUGGGAGGCAGAGGUUGUGAACCAAGACUGUGCCAUUGCACUCCAGCCUUGGGCGACAGAGUAAGACUCAGUCUCAAAAAAAAAAACUGACCAUCUA